AUGUCUAAUCUUCCAUAUGCUGCGGAUGCGGAAAGUCCGCUGAAGCCUGCUGAGCUGCAGGUGCUCCGCGCACAAUACGAGAAGGAAGGCGACUAUGUCGGCAUCCAAACGAAGUUCAACUAUGCUUGGGGUCUGAUCAAGUCGAAUACCCGCUCCGACCAGCAAGAAGGUGUCCGCCUCCUGUCCGAGAUCUUCCGCGGAGCCCCAGAGCGCAGACGAGAGUGCCUAUACUAUCUUGCGUUGGGCAACUACAAGCUGGGCAACUACGGAGAAGCCCGCAGAUACAACGAUCUUCUGCUGGAGAAGGAGCCGGCCAACUUGCAAGCGGCCAGCCUGGGCUCCCUCAUCGACGAUAAAGUCGCCAAGGAAGGACUCAUGGGUAUUGCGAUCGUGGGUGGCUUAGCCGUGGCCGCAGGAGUGGUGGGCAGUCUGAUUUUCAAGGGAGCCAGAAGACGGUGA